AUGGAUGAUUCUAAAAGGAUUGCCGACCCAGAAGAACAGUUACGUAUUCUUGAAAAGGCGUACGAAACAACUUCUUCGCAGUUAAACCAUCUGGAAUCAACAAUUCAGAAAUUCAUUUCAAAUUUUGCAACUCAAGAGAACAGCUUAACAGAAUUAUAUAACAAAAUGAAUCAGCAACAGAAUGUUUAUAAGAAUAUUGUUAGAGUCAAGAACUAUAUCAAAGAAAUUCAGGAUCAAAUCAAUACUUCUAAGCGUUUAGCUCCAAUAUUACAAACAAAUAUUGAAGAAAAUUUCGAUAAUUACAUGGAUGCUAUGAAUACUGCUAUUGAAUCGCGUACAUACUUGAACAGAUUUCAAUUUGAAGACGCAUAUCAAGAAAGACAAAAUUUAAGCAGACUUCUUGAUACAGCAAAAUCAAAUGUUUUAACAUUUUUUGCUGAUUUGGCUAAUCGCUCAGCCACAGCUAUUCUUAUUACGAACUUUGCAUUCGAAAAUGGCAAAUUCGUCAUUACUGAUUCGAAAUACGAGAAUCCCAUUUAUCCUGUACCAGAGGAGCUUCUAAAGAAAAUGAAUAGAAUGGCAUUUGCCUUAGACAAAAUCCGAUGUACAGAACAUAUUUCAAUUUACAACAAAGCAAGAAUAAAAGCGAUAGAAGAAAGCUUAGGAGCAAUUGUUGCCGAAGCCAAAAAGCGUGUUGUUUUACCAGGACCUCUUAAUGUCUUAGAUUUACCUACAUAUCAAAAACAUCAACAUCCUGUUCACACAGUAGCUAAUCUAGUUGGUUUCUUUUACAAGCGCGAAAGAGCUUUCGCACUCGCUGUUUUCGGAGAUAAAUACCAGACCCCAUUUAAUUCAAGUUUCACCCCCUGUUUUGCGAUGUUUAUCAAAAUCAUUGAUGCCCUUCAAGCAAACGUCCAAGCUCAUAUUGAUAUAUUGCUUGAGAUCGAUCUUGUUGGCACGAUUGUCGAAGUACUCGAAUCUCUUGUGAAUGAAGAAGAUUUUUCGACAUAUGCGGUUCAAUUAGCUCAAUUAUCACAUUCAUUCCAUAUUAACAUCGAACGCAUAUUAGGACAGUUUAAGUCAGCUGUUGAACAUCAUGAUCCUAACAGUGUUCCAGCGAGUGGAGGAGUUAGCGCUUUAGUUUCGAAUGUAAUCUUGUUCUUGAUUAGUUUAACGCAAUACAGACUUGGCCUUUCCCAAGUAAUCAGUCAAUCACUCGAGAAUUACGUUCCACAGGUACUUGCUGCUUUAGAUAAAAAUGUCAGAGAAAAAUCAACGCAUUACACAGAUAUUGUCUUAAGACAAUUAUUCCUUAUGAAUAAUGCUCACUACGCGUACAUCGCGAUCGAGAGCAAACCAGAGUUUAGCGCCAUUGUUCCUCAAGAUUUCAAAAAUAUGUUAGAAAAUACCAUCCAAGAUGCCCAGAAGAUAUACAUGAAUGAAACAUGGAACAAAGCUUUCGCUAUUCUCUCGUAUAAUUCUGCUUUCGAUGGUGUUAAAAAAGGCCAAAAACUAACUCCUCAACAGAAAUCGAUUUUGAAGUCGAAAUUCAAGAAUUUCAAAGAAGCAGUGCUUGAAAUACAGCAGAAACAUAAUUCUUACUGCUUAAAGAAUGCGAAAUUGAUGGAACCAAUCAUGAAUGAAGCAAUUUCUAAGACGCACUCUAAAUUUGAGAGUUUUUACAUGAGAUGGCAUGAUUCCGGAUUUGCAAAUCACCCUGAGAAGUACACAGCUGUCCAACCUUCCACAUUGGAAGGAAUUAUUAAUAGAAUGUAUGGUCCUAAGAGAGCUUCGAAGAGAACUAGUUUGUAA